AUGAAACGUGAGUUGGAACAAACAAAACGUGAUUUAGCUCAAGCCAAAGCUGCAGAAAUCAGUGGAGCAUCUUGUCGUUUGAGUACUAAAAUUGCAGAAAUUGAAAGGCUACGUGCUGAGUUGAAUACUACUGCACAAGAGUUGAAAGAUACUAAAGUGAAUCGUGAUGAACUUAAAAGAAUCGUUGAUCAGAAUGAAGAUACUAUGAAACAUCUUGGCAAUGAAGUACUUCAAUUACGUACUGCCAUUACUGAAAAAGAUAAAAUGUUAACUGAAUUACAUGCAUAUUUGAAAGAAUCUAGGCAAAAUACAGAAAAUAUCAAAUUACAAUGUGAAAAUGCUGAAUCGAAACGAAUAGAUGUUGAGAAACGAUAUGAAGAAUUAAAAGACAGACUUACAAAUAAAGAACAAGAAUUGAAAAAUCUACGUAAACGUAUGGAAGAAGCAGUUUUAAUGAGUACUACUACUAAUACUACUACUAAUAAUAAUAGUAGUAUUAAUAAUACUAAUCGUGAUUCAAGUCAAUCAGAUAAUAAUAAUAAUCUUACAAAUCGUGAAUUAAUGUUAAAUCGACGUGGAUUUGAAGUGGAUAAAUUAAGAAGAGAAUUAUCAUUAACUAAACGUGAAAAAGAUGAUUUAUAUAUUGAAUUAAAAAAAUUACGUUGUAAAUUAGAUAAAAGGCAUACAUCAGAAGAAAGAAGUAGAAAGGAUAUAACUGGUUAUCUUACGAAUUUCAAUAUGGGUAAUACAUAUGCAAAAGCAAUCGCAGCUCAACAGCCUAAUACAAAAAUCACUUUACUUAAUGAACAUAUUAAUAUAUUGAAUCGUACUAAUAUUGAAUUAAAAAUACAAAAUGAAUCAUUGCAUAAUAACGUUAUUGAUUAUCAACGACGUUAUCGUAGUAUUAAAGAACAAUAUGAAGGUGAACAAGAAGCGUGGAUUACAGAAAGACUUGUACUAGAAUCAAAAGCGAAAGAGCAAGAAGAUCGUCGAACAACAAUUAUGAAUACACGAAAAUUACUUCAAGAUACAAGUGUGAAAUUGUUUGAUUUAGAGAAGGAAAGUGAAAAGAAAUUAAUGAAUUUACAAACUGCAUAUGAAAAGUUAGAAAAAGAGAAACAAGCCAUUGAGUUAAAAUUAGCUCAAUUAGAAGAUACACAAAAGUUGCCUAAAGUGUUGCAACGUUUCAGUGCUAGUUCUAGUAGUAGCAGUAGUAGUAUACGUCCAAGUUUAUUAACUUCACAAGCUCGUACAGCACAAUUAGAAAAUCAAGAGAUUAUAUUAAAAUUACAAAAUGCUGAAAGAAUAAUCAAUAAAUUACGUAAUGAAUUAAUUGAAAUGAAAGAACUACAUGCAACACAAAAUAUUACAGCUGUACGAGAAGCUGAAGAAGCAAGAUUAGCAAUGGAAAGAGAAUUAGAAGAUAUUAAAGAUCGUUUAUUAACGAUGGAAUGUUAUAGACAACAAGUGGAAUUAUUUAGACAUCGUCAUUUUGAAUUAGAAGAGGCUGCAGAAAAAGAAUAUAAAAUAUGCAAGAUGAAAGAAAUCAAUUAA